CAAUAACGAAAUUAAAAUCAAAUUUGGCGCUUUUUUAUUCAUUCAUCAGUUGGCUAUUCUGGUGACCCCUAGCGCCUAGCGCUUUUGUGGAUUGUUAAUAAUCAGGUAUGGUUAACGGCAUUCUGAUUUUCUUUAAAAAACAAUUGUGGGUGAAAGUGAUAUAAGUUUUUGUAUAAUUAGUGGUAUAUAUUUCUGCUUUGUCACAAAAAAAUUAUUAUUGUUCUUUCCGUUUUGUGGAAUUCAGAUAUUUAAAAUGCAUUUGUCUUAACAAACUUGAGCUUGUCAGUCCUGGAAAUGGCGUCUUUCCACAUGGCGAUAAAAUGGUUUUGUUUCUCUUUUACAAAAUUUAUAAAUAACUUUGGUGUUUAGGAACAACAAAUGAAAAAUAUCUGAAAUUUGACUUAAAUCAGAUAGACAAUAACUUAAAAUAUGAUUUUCUGUGUGGUAAUAACUGCGAUGUUGCCGUAAUAUUGUUAUAACAUUAUUUUGCCCUUAUAAACUGAAACUAACAUUUUAUUACUUAUUUAAUUACUUUACAGUUACUUCCACAUCUAAAUCACUUAUUAGUUGUUCUAAUUAAUCAAGAAAGCUGAUUUUUUGUCACAAAUUGAGACAUAUAAACCAGCCCUUUUUAGUUUGUAUAACUUUUUAUGACGUUUGUUGUCAAUAUAAGAUAUAGAUAUUUAUUCGUACUUUUGUAUCUUCUUACAGUUAGCUUGUAAAUAAUACAUCUGUACAUACUGUACAAAGAAAAACAUGAGUUCAAGUAAUAAAGCCACCUCAAAGGGUGGCAAAGGUGUGAAGUCUGAUAAAUCUCAAAAAUCAGAGAAAUCAGAAACUAAAGGAAAAGGUGGUGACAAACAACAACACAGAGAAGCUAAUUCCAAAAAUGAAGAUUCAAUCAUUAAAGACAAAGUUAAAACAUUAAUAGAGUUGUCUCAAAGAUCUGAAGAGGAGGUGUGUUUGGCGCUCCACGAGUGUGACAAUGAUGCAAAUUUGGCCAUAAUUAUGUUGUUGGAAGAAAUGGGCACAGGUGAAUGGGAAACAAGAGUAAAAAAGAAAAAGAACCGACAAGCAUCUGCCAGCAAACAAGAGAAGACCGACGAGGCUCCUCCUGUAGACGAUUGGAACGAUGCUGCACCUCCUACAGCUAAUGCUCAAGGCGACAAGGAUAAACCACGAGGUGGUAAUCGCGGACGACAAAACAACCGAGGUUGGCGGGGUCGCGAACGCCAAGAGAACGAUCGCAAUUUAGAAGAAGGUGGCGGUCGUGGAGAUCGCCCUCGUGGUGAUAGGGACCGAAGGGGUAGGCCAGGAGGUGGAUCAAGAGGUGGUGGGGGCGGACGUGGCGGCAGGGGUGGCGGUAGAGCAGGUGGGCGCUAUCUACCAAGGGGCAAUAGAAGCAGUAGUGGUGGUGGUUACAACAAACCCAUCGAUACUUGGGACAAUUCGAAUACAUGGGAUAAUAGCACUGCUGUGACCAAUCACACAAAGGAUGAUAAUUGGGAUGACUUCCCUGGUACAGAUGAAUGGUCGACGGAAGAAUACCAAGGUAGCUUAGCUGAUACCAAGGUAUUUACUCCAAGCAUUGCUCCAUCUGGUUUGGAUACAGUUGCUGAGCAAACCAGUCCUAUUAACACAAUACAGGAUCCCACAUUCGGUAAAGAUCAACUGGGACAAAAUUUGCAAUUGGGGCAGCACGGUAUACAGAGGUCGUCGCAAAGUCCAGUGCCGCCAAUGGUGGGUAGUUUAACUGCAGCCCAAACUCAGUAUUUCUCACAGCUUCAACAAAACAACGAUAGUCUAAAUAAACCGUACCAAAAUCAAACAUACCAAAAUCAGACUUUCGAUAAAUCUGCAACCAGUCAAUACAGCAGUAGCGCUGCGGCGCCUUACAAUAGUGGUACGACGAACCAGUUUGGUACUAGUGCGACAUCCCCGUCUUAUGUUAGUGGUACUCAGCAGUAUGGUACCCAAACUAACUCAAAUCAAUAUGUUGCUGAUUCCAAUACAUUUCAACCUAGCGCUUAUGUUGGAGGCCAAGAUUCUGUGCCAAGCCAACAGCCUACUCGGCCGAAAACCCAAAGGGCUCGGGUACCACCUCCUUCUAAAAUACCAUCGAGUGCAGUUGAAAUGCCAGGUGAUCUUAAUUCGAGCAUAGGCUACUUGGAUGUGCAAUUUGGAGCGAUGGAUUUGAUGGAUACGAGUGCAUCAUUUGACGGAGGCAUUGAUACAAAAUAUGGAAGUACAACACAGCCUGCGACCUUAGAAGCGGUUUCAGUUGUAUCUGGUACAGGAGGGAAUUUAGACCUCAGUUCAACUUCUGUCAAUCAAAAUUCCACCUUGGAUGCUUAUUCUCCUAAGACGAAUGCCCAAAACAGUAUUAGCUCUGCAUUGUCACAGAGCCUAUCAAACACGGAUGCCAUUCCGCAAACCUGCGAUCAUGUGACCAACACUUAUAAUUCAGUGCCGAGAAGUACGCAGGCCAAUACGACAUCAUCUUCUUCUGUUGCAGUCGCUGGCUUGGAUUUGGGGGCUAAGCAAACGGAUAGUCAUUCAUACUCUUCCCAAACGUCCACUUACAGUUCCUACCCUCCUAAAUCAAACACUUACAAUUCUUCAACAUAUGCGGGAUCGACGCAAACUGUAAGUUCCUACGUGUCGAAUCAAGCUAACAGCUACUCCAACAGCCAGUCAGGUGUUUACAAUGCUUCAAGUGGUAACACCUAUCCUAGUACCUAUUCGUCGAAUAGUUCGUACCAGUCCAAUGCGAAUGCUGCAUCGUAUCCAUCGAUCAGCCAGGGAAAUACUUAUUCUUCGAAUACCCAGUCCUAUCCGCAAAAUACUAGUCAAUCAGUAUAUGGUGCUAAUGCAGGCUUGAGUAACAGUUCUGGCUACAGCAAUACGACAGGUCAAUACAAUAACUACAAUUCGAGCAACAAGAUAGGCAAGGAGAGUAGUGCAUACGAAAAUAGUUCAAGUACGUCGAGUAGCAGUCAGACGACAUCGACGGGAAGUGUUACAACAGCAACGCCUCUCUCUCUUUCUCAAGCCGGUGUUACUACGAGUAAAACAUCAACCACUUUAGCGGCGAAAAACUCAAACAGUAUUGUGUCGAAUAUUCCUCCAGGUGUGGCACCUGUAAUGAGCACACCGUACAUGAUAGGACAGGUACCAUAUUUCCAGCAACCUGUUUAUUCCUAUGAAGAAAUGCAACUGUUACAACAGAGGCUUCCUCACAUGUUCUCUGGUGAAGUCGAUUUGGUACCAUCGAAUGUGACGAACCUAUGUAUUUAUCCUACACAGACGACACCCUACUAUGAUAUGAGUUAUCAGACGCCGACGACGCUGGCAGCCGUCAGGGACGCCGCAACACUUGGCAAUGUUGGAUACUCGCUCUCAUCGGACGGCAGGUUCGCACGAACUGACAACAAUGCGUCGCCGGUACCGACGACGUUGUCACAGCAAACCAGCACAUUGACGCAGGGUCACCAAGCGCAGCCCAUACUCGCUGGUACUGCGCCACCCUACUUCUUUGCUACAGCGUUCAAUACCAUUGCACCUAAUUACCAGUUUGGAACCAUGUAUACGCAAUUGCCUGCAGCUACAAACGCGCACGGUUCCAACAACAGCUCACAGUAUCCAAAACCAGCGACAUACGGUUCAGGAUACGGCAGCUACGACGCCUUGAACCAAUCACAGGAUUACACUAAAGGUGCUUACGUGAGUAAUGCGCAAGCGCAAAAGGCUAGUGGUGGAAACGCUUCCUCCGCGGGAUCCACGGGAAAUGAUCUGUCUGCUAUGUACGCUAAAUCUCAUACAGCUUUAGGGAAGGUUAAUUCUUAUGAAAAACAGGGUUUCCAUUCGGGGACACCACCCCCAUUUACGGGCGCACUUCAUGGUAGUCAAAAUGCAGGUCUAGCUCCCAGCGGGACUGGUUACGCGCCUCAAGUCUACAUACCCACAAUGGCUCCCCAUCAACAGCACCAUACAACGCAUCUGAUGCAACAACCACUUCAUCAGAUGGAUGUAAGGCACCAGAAUCGACGCAUGGAUUCAGGAAGUGCUGGUGGUCAACGUUCUCAGGCGACAAAUCAAGCGAAAACGGGCCCCAAGCAACCAUACCAGACCUCUUACUGGAACCAAGCUUAAAACAAUGGGUAUACAGCCAAUUAAAUGCCUGCUCACUGUUUUGCCCCAACCCCUCCUCUCAUAUUAAAAAAAACUAGGUGGUUCCAUUUUGUUAUUACUAUUAUUAGCUUGUAAUUUUUAUGAGAAAGUGUGAAGAGUCGUAAGUUAUUUAUUUUUAGUCUUAAAGGCUUUUUCUUAUACUUUUUGACCUGAUAUCAAAAUUUGUAAAAUAAAACGGAAGCCUGUAUGAUACUUUUUAAAUGAUGUUUAAAUUUAAAAAGUUUUUACAUUUUGAGUUUUGUGUAGGGUAAUAAUUUCAUAGGAAUAUUUUUAGGUUAUGUUAAUAAAAUUUGAACGCGUCGAAUCGCAAUUUUGUGCAAUUAUUAUUUCAUUUUCAAAAUAACCAAGGAUAUGUAAAGACUUAGUUUUCGGCCAGUUAACCGCUUAAUUUUGUUCUUUAUGGUCAAAAAGAGCUUUGUUAAUUUUUUUUUUAGUAGUUAUUUGAAAGAGAGGUCGGGCGUUUUGUAUUCAACUGAGCAGACGGAAGUCAAUUCAAAUGUUUCGUUGUUUGACGUUUUGGCAAGAUAAAAACAUUAAUAACAAGGAUAAAAACUAUUAUUCUGCUUAUGAAAUUGCUUUUUUUUAUAAUAUAUUUUAAACUUAUACACAAAGGAGUGUAUUUUGUUUAUUUUAACAGUAAAAAAUGCUCUUAUAAAAAAGUGGAAUAAAUACAUAAGGAAUUCUGUGAUAAAAAAUGGUGUUUCAAAAUAUUAAAAGCAUUUUUUGUAUAUACUUUUUUCGAAAUCAUUGAAAGUAUAGUUGAUGUUCAAUUGUUUUGCAAUACUGAAAUAUUUAAGAGUAGAAAAAGUAGGAAUAUAAAAAUAUUUACGAACUGACUUCUUUUUAUUAAAUAUAUGGUGGGAAUUUUCCACAUAUUAGCUGACAAUGAGAUUGAAAAUGAAAUAUUUUAUGAAUUAUUGUGCGUUUUUAUUGUUGAUACCAAAUGAAUAACAGCCAAUUGCAUUUUUAAUAAAUGUUUAAUGGUUCCUUUUUUUAUUGUUUAAUUGAGGCGGAAAGAAAAUAUUUAAAAAAUGUAUAAAAAAAAAUAUUACGAAAAUGUUAGGGAGAAAAUUAAAUACUUUUUAGUUAUUUGAGCCCUUUUAUGCAAUAACCAUUCAUGCUAAUAAAAAGAUAAUCGUUGAAAUGAUUUAAGCUGUGAAAAUAAAAAGAACUUGAAAGUUUGCUGAUUGUUGCACAACUCUUCUCAUUUAAAAUCAUAAAAAAAAUUGAAGAAAUAUGUUGAAAUAAUUGUCAUUAAUCUUAUUUGCCCUUUGAUUUUGAAUUAAAUUUAUAUUUAAUUUUUGUUAAUGAUGCAAAUAAACUACUGUGCUUUUUUUCAUUUAAUGAAAAAUUUUUGUAGAAGUGAUUAUAUAAAAAUUGUGAAAUAUUUCGUAAGCAGAAUAAUGGUUGCAAUGGAUCUAGAAAUUGGUAUCUAAAAGUCAGUAUAGGAAAAAAUAUUGUAAAUUAGCAAAAAAUGAAGAACUUUUGUACUGACCCAAAGCGCGUUUAAAGUUUUGUCUGUGCAUACACAUCUAGUGUUAGGUAAAAAUAAGAAAAUUGGCUUACCGAUGGUGCACAGUUGCAUGACUGAUCUUGUAUCGCCCCGUUGUCCUGUCAAGGAACUGUCAGACGGUGCGUUAAGGGCCGCAUUUUCCCACAGCGGGACUUUGGCGCGAAAUAAGUUUUUAAAUACAUAGUUAGAUUUAUUAAUUAUUAAAUUUAAAUUAUCUGUACCUAUUUGCUACUUGUAUAAAAUAUUCACUUUUAUUAUGUAAGCACUGUAUAUGUGUAGUUUUGUUUUUUGUAUUUGCCAAUAACCUAUGAGUAUGAGGAAAAAUACACAUGACAUACAUUUUCAUUUUGGUGUGUAUUGUUUAUUGUAUUUUAUAUUUCUUUUUUUAUUGUAGAGAACGACAAUGACAGGUUAAUAAAAUCUAAUUUAUG